AUGCCUCCAAAAGCUGAUAUUAAUAAAGCCACUUGGGAAGACACCGAAGUUCCUGCUGUUUGUGAGCGAUGUCUCGGUUCCAACCCGUAUAUUCGUAUGACGCGUGAGCGCUAUGGUGCGGAGUGUAAGCUCUGCGCUCGACCUUACACUGUUUUUCGGUGGCAACCAGAAGGAUCCAUGACUGGUGGAGGUUCAGCCGGAAGUAAAAAGCCCAAAAAGACAAGUAUAUGCUUGACUUGCGCACGUCAAAAGAACUGCUGUCAGUCGUGUAUGCUCGAUCUAACGUAUGGACUACCGCUACACAUUCGUGAUACAGCGCUCAAGAUGAUUUCAAGUAGUGGUGAUUCAACUACGAAUACAUCGAGCAAUAUGUCAAAUGCAAUUAUAAGGCAAUAUAUUGCACAGAAUUUUGAAUAUAACAAUGGAAGUACUACGGAUGAUUUGGAGGAUGAGGAACGAAGGCGUUUAAUGGAGGAAUCAGAAGGCGCAAAAAAUCUACUAAAACACCUAGCUACCGCAAUGCCAUACUACAAGAGACAAUACCCAUCACUUGAAAAUACUCCGGGACAUUUAAAACAUAAGCAGCAGAAUGUGGAUCCUGCACCGGUAAAUAACAAAGCGCUGGUUCAAGAUGUGGGUAAAAUUGCAUCCAAGCUGCCACUUAAUGGAAAUAAUAUUCCCCCCAAAGAUACUUCUAUUACCUCUCUUUUCAUUAUGGGAAUUGAAGAUGAUUUACCGGAAUAUGCUAUUCGUGACUACUUUUCAAAAUAUGGUGCCAUUUCUAGUAUAGUGUGCAUUCAUAGAGCUCGCUGCGGGUUUAUAAAUUUCGCUAACCGCGCAGGCGCUGAAGCUGCUGCAAGCUCUGUUCCUGCACCAGCUGGCAAGCUUGUAAUUAAUGGAUGCAAACUGCGAAUUGCAUGGUCCAAGCCGAGGCUACUAGGAUCAAGCCACGCUGAACAUUCACGUUUAGGCCAAAUAGUUAGAAAAGCCAUGCGGCAACGCGACUUCAAGGACCGUGCAAGUAAUGGAGGCCGUGACGCUGGCGCUGGCGGCAGUGCGGGGACUAGAGGAAAUGAUGGAAGUAAAGACGAGAUCCUGGCUCCUCCCAGUCUUUCUGGGCCUAAAACAAAAUAUAAAACUGCCCAAAGUGGUUAUGAAGGAUAA